AGAUGUGGUGGGAUAAUAUUCCUGCUGCAAGAUGUGUGAAUGUGUGAGCCAGUGACUCAGACUGCGGUGUCUGAAAUAUCUCAUUCUGUGAUUGGUUUUAGGCUAUAUACUUGCAAAGCAAAGUCAUUAACUUCCGCUUUCACAACUCCCAGAAGUCACUGCUAAUACCUUUUGGUGAACUAAAAACUUGGUUGAAAAUGCUUCUAUUUGUUUGAUAAAGAAUGCACAUGAACAUCAUGCCUGGCCCUUGGCACAGCCCAGCUGUCUGAGCAAAUGUAAGUGUUCCGGCCUAGUGUUUACCUCGCCCUAAGCUUCAUUUCUCUGGUGUCACUUUAAUAGCUGCUCAGGGUCUCUAAAACCAAUUUCUUUCUUUCUCUUGAUUCCAUCUUCCUUCUGUGAAGAAUUAAGAGAUGCUGCCACCUCCACUUUAAGUAAAAAAGUAACCAUUUGGCAUUUGCCUAAGUUGCAUCGCACGCUGUUACUGCUCAAAAAAUGCUUGCUUGGGUAAUAGGGAAAAGCCCGUCUGACAAAAUAAAUGUUUUGUGAUGUUGCUUGUUGCUACUUUCUUCCUAGUAUAUUACAAAAUAUAGUAGCUUUCAAAGCCGUAUUUGUUGGAAAGAAUGGAAACCAUACUUAAUUUAGUUGAUUAAGCUAUUUUAAUAUAGAGUAUGAUUGUGUCAUGCUAAAAACCCCAUUAGCUUCUUACACCUAUCAUCUGAACUCUGACCAAAUAAUUUUUGACAUGGCGAUGAUUAUGACCAUAAUAAUAUAAAAUAUUCAAAGACUUUCGAAUUGAGUAAUAUUUUAAUAAUAUUUCAUAGCGCAAAGUUUCAAUGUACUUGUGAGAUGUUGGAAUCAGCUUACGUUUUCACAUUUAUAGAUUACAUUCUAUCUAACAUUCAUUGUUUGACUUUUUCUGAGUUCUUAUAUGUUCCAUUUAUCAUUAGUUUGAAUAACAUUCUAAGUUUCAGUUGCAAACCAAAACCAUUUUCCAAGAAAGAAGUAGAUGUUUGAUGCAAUGGUUAAUGAGUUUUCCUCUGCAGUAAUGGAUAGAUUGUUCCAGACCGCGCAGACAGGGGAUAUUGAGGAAUUGCUCCAACUGCUAGAAAGGAAUCCCCUUAUCCUUCAUCAAGUCCCACUUAUAUGUGCUCAGAAUCCUUUACAUUUUGCUUCUGCCGUGGGGCACUUGGAUUUUACAAAGAAAAUACUGGAACUGAAGCCUGAAUUUGCUAGACAGGUGAACGCAGAUGGAUAUAGCCCCAUGCACUUAGCAUCUGGAUGUGGGCACAUACAAAUAGCAAGAGAGAUGAUCAGAAUUGACUCAAAUAUAUGUCGUCUUGUAGGCAAAGAAGGUGCAACACCUCUACAUCUUGCUGUGCUAGGAGGGAGGGUUGACUUAAUAAGCGAAAUUCUAGCUAAUUGUGAAGAAUGCAUAGAGGAUGAGACGGUUCAGAAAGAGACUGCUUUGCAUCUUGCUGUCAAGAGCUUCCAGCUUGAGAGUUUGCGGGUUUUGCUGGAUUGGAACAGGCAAAUGGGCAAAGAAGACAUUCUUAAUAGAAAGGAUGAACAUGGGAAUACCGCCCUGCAUCUUGCAAUCUGGAAGAAGCAAAGACAGGCAAGUCUCAUCUUUGUGAAGUUUUUUGACAACUCAAGGAAUUCAUAUGUUGUGCAUAUUUACAUUGCCGUCUUUGAACUAGCUGUGGUUUUGCUUCUGGGGAACAAUUCUAGGACUCUGGAAGUGAAUGCAGUAAACAAGAGUGGUUUGACAGCACUGGAUUUGUUGUUGAUUUUCCCAAGUGAAGCGGGUGACAGAGAAAUUCAGGAAAUACUUCAGGGUGCUGGGGCAUUAAAAGCUCAAGAUCUUACCCUCGAUGACACAACUUUUACCUCAUCAACUAACGAUCCUUCAGUAAACGACCAUUCAAAGGAUCUCAUUGAUUAUUUCAGAUUUCACAGUGGAAGAGAUUCACCAAGUGAUGUACGAAGUGCACUCCUAGUUAUAGCUGUGUUGGUAGCAACAGCAACAUACCAAGUUGGUAUCAGCCCUCCUGGUAGUGUAUGGCAGGAUGAUAGUCAAGGCCAUCUUGCCGGGACUUCUGUCUUGGGCACCCAUGACUUAACUUCAUUCAUCUUGUUAGUUUCUUGCAAUUCUAUUGGAUUUAAUGUCUCUGCUUACAUGAUAGCUAAAUUAACGGCGAAAUUCCCCUUACAGACAGAGCUUCAAAUAUGUCUCUUAGCGCUUUACAUAACAUUUAAUGUUGCUGUAACUGCUACUUCACCCAAGGGUGCCAGAGUUUUCUCAAACGUGUUCACUUCUGUGUUGCCUACUGCGGUCCCUGUAUGCUGUGGUUUGCUCCGAAAAUAUGAAGUUUUCAAACGUAUCAGGGGCAUAUUUCGAAAAUUUCGGUGAGAAUGUUGAAGUGGGGUGCUGCAAAUGAGACAAGAAAUCAUAAUGUUAUUCAUAUUUCAUUGUAGUAGUAGAUAUUUGGAACCCAUCCUGUUUGUUGUAUAUUGUUGUAUUGUACUAAGAAAUUCUUGAAAACUUGUCUUUUGAAUACAGGAAGUAAUACUUGCAAAGCUUUUC